CGCCGCCGCCUCCGGACACCUGGUUGGACCGGAGUCGCACGCUGUUCCUCCAGAUUACACUGCCGGCCGUGGUGGCCAUCCUCCUGCUGCUGGCCGUCAUCUGGGCCUACGUCAAGUGCUGCUACGGCCGCCAGCGGUACAAAGCACGCCCUCCAUUUGACGACAUCGGUGACCGCCUGCUGGACGGCACCGGCUCCGAGUGCGGCGGCCCGCUGGCCGGAGGUGCCGGACUCAAACAGCUGCUGGAGGCGAGCACCUCCGGCUCCGGCUCCGGCCUGCCGCUGCUGGUACAGCGCUCAGUGGCGCGUCAGGUCACCCUGGACCAGAGCAUCGGCAAGGGGCGCUAUGGAGACGUCUGGUGGGGCCGCUGGCACGGAGAGGAUGUGGCCGUUAAGAUCUUUUCGACCCGUGACGAGCGUUCCUGGUUCCGUGAGGUGGAAAUCUACCAGACGGUGAUGCUGCGACAUGAGAACAUACUCGGCUUCAUCGCGGCAGACAACAAAGAUAACGGCACCUGGACGCAGCUGUGGCUGAUCACGGACUACCACCGUCACGGCAGUCUAUUCGACUACCUGCAGCGACACACGGUGGACGUGAGGGGCAUGUACCGGCUGGCGCUGUCUAUAGUCACCGGACUGGCCCACCUGCACAUGGAAAUUGUCGGCACACAGGGUAAACCCGCGAUCGCGCACCGCGACCUCAAGUCGAAGAACAUUCUGGUGAAGAGUAACGGCACGUGCGCGAUCGCCGACCUGGGCCUGGCCGUGCGACACAUGCCGGACGACUCCGUGGACAUGGCGCCCAACAACCGCGUCGGAACUAAACGAUACAUGGCACCCGAGGUACUGGACGAAUCCAUCAACAUGCACCAGUUCGAGUCGUUCAAGCGUGCCGACGUGUACGCUCUGGGUCUGGUACUCUGGGAGAUAGCCAGCCGAUGUACGGCCGGCGGUACGGGCUCACACGAGUACCAGCCGCCGUAUCAUCACCUGGUGUCGGCCGAUCCCAGUCUGGAGGACAUGCGCAAAGUGGUCUGCGUGGACCGACAGCGGCCAUCUAUACCGAACCAGUGGCAGAGCUCAGAGGCUCUGCGCGUCAUGUCGAAGGUGAUGAAGGAGUGCUGGUACCACAGCGCCGCCGCCCGGCUCACCGUCCUGCGCGUCAAAAAGACGCUGAGCAGCAGCUGUGCCGCCGACGACAUCAAGGCUCCCCUGUAGACACUGCGGGCUGGGACAUGCAGGCUGCAUCGCGGCUGGGUGUCUGCUGGGCGGACGGAGCACUGAGGAAAACAGGCAGAACGGGCCGUGGAUGCAGCCAGCGCGGUGGCAGCCGGCGACUGUGCUUCUUUUACAGCUGAGGUGACAAUUCUAUACAACUGAUACUGCAAUGACUGUCGAUCUGACUUUGAUGACAGAUAAUUGUGUCUAACCGCUGUGACGAUCUGAUGCGUCCUGUCGCCAAUGAGACGGGAUGACAGGGGACUCGGCAUGCGUAUGCAGCUCGCGCGAACUCUAACACUGCUGUGGGGCCGGACGAGUGGUGUGAAAUCGGCCCGUCGUCGGAGGCGGGAUGAGCCUCCCUAAUUGCACCUCGGAAAUGGUGGCUUUCGAGACUUGUGUCAGUAGCUACUGACGUGCGAGAUGACUCGUGUCUGACUGUGUUUCGGUAUGAGCGAGACACCAGGAGGCUUCAAUGGAGCGACAGACUCUGAUGGGAUACCGCACACCUCAUCGCGGACGGCGAUGGUGCUCCAUACUCGGCCGAAUAACGGUAACGUGACGUUCGUGACACCGUCACGGAAUUCACGAGCGGCAGCGCCGACCCGGUCGCCGUCUCGCAAAGUGCGUCGGGCGGGCCUGGAUGCCGCUUUUUUCGGGUCGCGGGCGCCUCUCGCGGCCGCUCGCCGGGCGCCGGCCGAUGGCUCUCUUACCUCGCCCUUCCCUCGAACCGAGCGCGUAUUUGACCAACUUCCAGGGCAUCUGUGUGGCCGAUGCCGCCUGCCGGCCGUGAGGUAUUUUUAAGGCCGCUCUCCGGUGUGUGGGGUGCGCGGUAGCCCGGGGCCCGCCGGCGGUGAGGUAUUUUUCGGCCGCUCUGUCUGUGUGUGAGGUGUACGGUAGCCCGGAGCCCAUCGGCUGGCUUCCGGUGCCAGAGUGUAACUCAGGUAUCGAAUACGCUCGCGUUUCCUAUGUGUCUCCAAUCUGUACAAGUGAGCGCGCCAUGGCGCUGUGUAAGUUAGACAGGUAUCCAUACACGCCAUUUUUCUUCUUAUGUCGGGUCGAUUUAUCAGUACAAGGCCGCGGCUGCUCCUCGCAUUCGAUGCCGUUAUUUUUUCCACGUAGUUCUGUUGUCUCUAGUGCAGUGAUACGUACAGCUAUGGUCCAUAUCUGCGUACUUGUUACAAAUACAGUUUAUUUCCUAUGCCUAUUGUUCGGUGCGUCAUGUCUAGGGCCAUGCCCAACUUCCGUGUCUCGUCAGGUGGACGUGUAGUGUGGUAUCUGAUAUUUUAUGUCUGCGUAGUACUGAUUAUAAUACAAGUAGCGUGCUCAA